AUGGGUCGUACUAUAGAUAAAAGUUCUAUUCAUUAUGUUGAUUUUUAUUCACCAUCGAAUUCAGUCUUUUUUGUUGAAGAUCGAAAAAAAUUCGAUUUAAAAGAAUCAUUAAGCACAUCGAAUUACGAAAAGGAAGAUAAACUUCUUUAUCAUCCUAGUGAUACUUUAGAUAACAAACGUGCCAAUGAUGAUGUAUCAGGUGUUGGAGAUAAACCAAUCUACAUACCAAAGCCAACGACAGCACAGUCAUUAAUUAAUAAGUAUGUAUAUGAAGAAGAUUGCGAAAUCAAAUUAUCUUGUGUAUCUACUCUUCAACAUCGUCGAAAGGUUUCUUCAAAAAAAAAGGAUGAUCUUUUGCAAGAAUCUAAAACCGAUGCUUUUAAACAACAGCAAACACGAAAAAAAGAUGUUCAAAAAGACAUCGUCAUUAAGAGACCAUUUGUUUGCAAUGAACUGGGCUGUGAGAAGAGUUAUGUAAAAGCGCAAAGUUUAAUGAUUCAUAAAAGAUCACAUACCGGGGAGAAACCUUAUGUAUGUACGAUAAAAGACUGUGGAAAAAGAUAUAGUCGAUUGGAUUCUAUGAAAGAUCAUGUUAGAACACAUGAAGGGAAACUUUACAAGUGUGAUAUACCAGGAUGCGACAAGAGUUAUUAUUAUUCUUCUCAUUAUCUACGACACAGAAAAAUUCAUUUUGUGGAGAAAAUUUAUAAACAAAAACAAAAGAUUGUAGUAAAAAGGCAUAAGUGUAUUGUUCCUAAAUGUGAGAAAGCAUAUGAAUUUGCCAACGGUUUGACAAGACACAUGUAUUCUCAUUCAAAAGAAAAAUUCAAAUGUGAUUAUCCAGGAUGUACAAAGAAAUUCACAUAUCCUGAAGAUAUUAAGAGACAUAAGAAGACUCAUGGGGUUAUUUCCCUACAUCGUGAUGAACCCCGGUGUAACGAAUCUUUUAAUCGGUCAUCCAACUUGGCGGAUCAUUAA